AAUAAUUUAAGGGGGUGGUCUCUGAAUUUUGCACAGUACUGUAUGCAGUACAAAAACAUCUGGUCACUUGCAACAACAGCAGGACCCUUCUUGGUGCUAAUGAAACAUUUUUAAAGGUGAGGCUAGCCUCCCAGCCCUGCCCUUCAUUACCAUGGAUGCCUGUGCCAGGAUCAAAGGUGUUCCACUCAAGAACCGUGCCACCAUCAGAAAGGAGACUGUCCGUGAGAACUCAGCUCUGUCCUUAAGGAGCCUUUUGAAGAACCGUAAGGAGCUAAGCAAUGUCGUGCCAGAGCUGCAUACUAGAGAAUCGCAGUAUCUGCCAGAGAUCCAUUUUGUAUGCUUGCCUAGUCAUGCUGAGGGUGAGGAUUUCACACUACAGGCUCUGACCUCUCUUUCCGCUGAAUUGAUGGAGUUGCUGAGAUCACUGCAUGUACACACUCUAAAGGAUGAAGAAGUGCUGUUCCUCAAAGACCCCAAACGACCUUUUGAAAGAAAAGAUGGCGUUUCACAGGCUGGAUUAUCCAGAGCCAUGUGUAUAUUAAGGCAGGGGGGCUUUCCACAAAUCAAUACUAUCCUGGGUCUACUAACACGGUAUACAGCAGGAAUCAGAUAUGCUAUGGAGUUACAGUCACUGCAGAGGGGCGUAUCAGAGGCUUGUCAAGCCGAGGAUGAUGACACUAACCAGUCUGUUUCAUCUAUUGAGGAGGACUUUGUUACAGCUUUUGAACACCUUGAGGAAGAGGAGACAGCUUUCUAUAAUAAGCGGAACCAGAGGGAUGUGGCCUCCCAGACUCUUCCUCCUCAUUUCAAAGAUUUAUCUGGCUCCCGGAUCAUCAUUAGUUCCAUUUCCAAGAAGUCUUUGAAUAAAGAAAAGUCAGCUGCAGCUGUGUCAGGAACAAUACAGAAGGCACCACGUUCAUGGUCUGGAGGUACAGAGGGCCCGUGGAGUCUUUCAACGCCAAGCAGCCCACCAAAAGGAUGCAUUACCUCCACAUCUCUCACAGAAUCUGAUGAGUCAGACUGCUCUAGUCCAAGCCCUAUAAUUUUUUUGGAUGAAAUUGGUUAUCAGAAGAGUCUAAAGGCAAAGCUUGACAUUCCCAAGAUCCCUGUUCUUAAAGAGGGAGUCGAAGACUCUGACUCAGAAGUUAGUGAGUUUUUUGAUAGUUUUGAUCAGUUUGAUGAUCUGGAUCAGCAUUUCGAGUCCUGCGUGCAGAUGCCAAAGGAACAGGCCCUCUUUUCCCAGAAAAAGAAGCAGUCUGACAGCUCUGUUAGUAAAUAUGCUUCAAAGGGUGGCUCAACAACAGUAAUGAAUCCUCACAAGUUUGACCACAGGACACUCCCUGCCAAUGUCAAGAAACCCACUCCACUUAAACCAGGAUCACCAUACAGUAUACAGUCAGAUACCCCAGAUUCUCCACGGCCAACGAGGACCUCCUGUGAGGAGAGUGGGGGACUUUUCAGUCCGGUUCGCUCAUCGGCUUUCAGUCCUCUGGGAGAAGGAGGAGCCUUGGAGUGUUUUUGGAAAGUAGAUGGUGAUGGUUCUGAAUUGCGCAAACCACAGGACCUUUGUUCCUUAUAUAAAACGUAUUCAGAUUUUGCAAACAAUCUCUCAAAGGAAAUCCUUGGAACUGUUUGUGGGUACUCCUCUCCCAUUGACAUUAAUAUUAAUAAGAACUUGAGCUGUGUGUGUCAUAAAGAAUUCAAAAACACUAAUGGACAUCUUAUGAAGCUGUCAGAUAUUCAGGAGACAGUCACCAUUGCCAGAACACAGUCGCAGUCUCUGAAGGAUGGGAUUCAGAAGUUUGCCACAGACUUGGUUGAAAUGAGCAUUGGGAGUGCCUUAAGAGAUUUACAGAAAGGAGUGUCCUCCUGCACUACAACACUUUGCCAUUUAGCUGCAAGGCUGACCUCUUCAGUGUUCCAGAUGGCCUUCCAAGAGAUAGGAAUGCGCCAUGCUUAUGUGUUAAAAGAGCGUGCCAUAAACGGAUUAGCCAGCUUCCUUGUUGGAGAAGCAGUCUCGGGUGCUCUAAAAGAGUUUCUCUUUGUAAAAAAGCAGAUAUUUAAUAACACUGUCACCAGAUUUGCAAGUGAUCUUGCUGAGGAACUAAUAUUUGAGAGCAUUAUGGAGGUUUGUCAGUUUUCACAUCCUUCUACACCUCUUACCCCAAGAGACUGGUCUUUUGAGCAAGAAGAGGAAGUGGUUUGUUCUUAUGCUUCAGACCUUUCAGAGUCAGUUCUCCAAGAGGCUUUCAUAGAACUUUCUCAAGCUGAUGUGACUUUCACAACACAGGCAGCCAUAAGCGUGUCACUGGACAAUAUCUGCUAUGUCAGUGCUGAAGACACAUCCCAGACAAUGAAAAUUUGCAAUGCCCGAUCCAGUUAUCAGGAACCACGGUCACAUGCGCAGGCUGGGAUCCAAGAAGAAGAUGGCUGCACUGUAAAGAAAGCUUUGUACUGUGUAUCUGGAAUGGCCAGUUGUGUUCCAGUCCCUGCAGCUGGCAAGGCUAUAUCCUACCUGCAGAACCCAGAGGAAACUUGUCAUUAUAAGUCCAGCAUUAGUCACACAUGCCAGACCAGCCCCAAAAGAAGCAUUUGUUCUCAAGGAAGAGCAGUGACCUCCACCUCAGAUACUGCAACACCAUCUGAAUCAGUGCCAGGCAUUUCCAAAAUUCGUAAUGCCUGUGGUAAUUUUGGAAACGCUGGAGCUGCUUCUGGGAAAUCUGCAACUGGAAAAAGUUUUCACAACUUUUCAGGUGCUAUGGUGGACACAAUAGUGGGUGAAGCAUUUGACAUCAUGACCACAAGCAAAGUGAAGAAAAAAGUGGAAGAUUGUGCCGAUUUCUUGAGUAAAACUAUAGGGUGUCGAAUGGCCACUUCAGGUAGUGGUGUAGCCACAAAGUCACAGGAUGUGGCAUGUCAGAGUUCAGCACCUUAUGACUUAUGUUUCUCUCAGAAUAUUGUAUCUUUUGUUCCUAAAGGAGGUGUGGCAGAUUCAUCAUCCUUUUGUCCCACUCAGCCUCACUUGAGUUUUGGAUCAAAGAACACAGAUAAAGCAGGUUGUGAGUCUGUCUCAAGAUGCAUACGUCCAGCCAGCAAAUCCAGCCCAGAGGUCCACCCCGCCAUGAUAAAGGAUACUUUGGAAGUGCCAAGUUUUGAAGUCAGCGUUCGUGGGAGCAGAAAAGUUGCCACAGAGGAGAUAUUCAGUAGCAACUCUGGAGCAAAACCCAGUGGAACCCCAGGCACACCACCAUCAACUCCACAGCAGCCAUCUGACAUCUCUAGUGAGAAACAGAUUAAACAGUUCUCGAAGAAACUCAAAGGCAAGCUUGCAAAGGAAUUCUCCCCUGCAACACCCCCACCCACCCCACAUUACCAGCCCACUCCAGGUCUCAAAGAUGAGGGCUCUGAUUCAGACAAAGCAGAAUUCAUGCUGAAGCUCAUGAGGUCCCUUUCUGAGGAAGUUGUCAACAAUGAAGAUGAAGAUGAUGACCAGGAAGAUGGCCUUAACUCUGGAGACCAUUAUGCAGAACUAACUCCCAGUGUGGGAAACAGGACAAUUGAAAGAGGAGCUCUACGUUAUGCAGAGCGUUUGGCAUGCCAUAUUGUAUCCAUGGCAACUGAGAUGGACACUAUAAGCUUUGGUGAUGGUGUAAGAAAGCAAGGGGAUGAUGAAGGCAAAGGCGGUGUUGCUUUGCACAGUGCACAAUUCUCGGAACAGACAUUGAACUCCUUGUGGACUUAUGCUGGUGAAAUCGCUGGGGAAGUCAUCAGUGACGUAAAGAGGAUGAUGAGUUCCAGCCAUUGCCGCCACAAAGCAGCCAAAAGAGGAUCUAGUAAGGCAGAUAACCGCUUGGGUGGUGACCAGAAAGACUGUCGCUUGACCAACAUGACUGUUCAGUGGUCAAAUGAUUUCCUUGCACCAGUCCUCAAUCAUCAGAGAAGCACUUCGAGUGGAAUGUCAUCCGAGUACCCAAGCUUUGAAAGUGUUACAGAUGAGUAUGCAGGGUACGUUAUCAAGGUGCUUAGGAAAGAAGGGGGAAGUCGAGAACUUAUCUUGGAUCAGUAUGCCAGUCAAUUGGCUUAUAGGUCGAUCAAAUCAGGUCUGGCUCAUGCUGCUCGUAAAAUAAAACAGAGAUCACCUUUGAGGCUUCACUCAACUCGACGUUUACACCAUGAUGGCAGACAUAAUGUCUGUAGAAUCCCACCAUCUGAAUCGUCCUCUUCUAUUCUUACCCAAGGAAAAGAAAGCUCAUCGAGUGAAUCCAUGUUAUGUGCUUGUCAGGAUGGGGAAAACAUGAAUAGGAAUGAAUACAUGGAACUUGUGAACUUUGCAGAGUCGCUGGCAUACAAUAUUACAUGUGAUGUCACAAGAAAGCUAAGAAUGUCAUCAGCUAGGCUUCCUAAAUCUCUUACUGACUCAUGUCUCUACAGAAAGUCAAAUGUUGAAGACAUGGCAGAAAAUGUAAUCAAAACUACGUUUUCAUGUUCGCUUUUACCAUACACAGAGAAAAACCGACAGUACCACAGCACCGGCAGCUUAGAUGAUGGAAAUUACAACAGUGGUGUUAUGCAAGUAAUCGAGCAUUACGCUAAAAAGAUUGUUGAUGACACUUUGGAGGUGACUCUAGGACAUACAGGCCAUCAAACGGCAGACGAGAGGAGGACAUUGGAAUUAAAUUCUUUUACAGAGAAGUUGACAGAGGCAUACAAGGCUUGCCGAUACUGUCAAGUAAGAGACUGCCUGUUUUGCAGCAGAGAUGGACGUCUUAAAUACCAGGGAUUGCAAAGGAGGAUGCGACAAGACUCUGAUGGUAUGGCUGGUCUUGAAAUUCCCAAAAUUCACAUAGAUUUGGAUAAGAGAGCAGUUUUUGCUGAAGAAAUGGUGUCUGCCGCAAUAGAGAAAGCCAAGAAAGAACUGAGCAGCACUAGCUUAAAUGCAGACAGUGGGAUUGGUCAUGACGGUGCAAGCUUCGCAGAAAGUCUUACCACAGAGAUUAUGACGUCCGCAUUAUCCAACGUCUGCCAAACCAUCAAUCUGAGUGCCCCUGGGAGAGAGAGUGUCAAUGUCACAGAGUCAACGGUCAGUCAGCAGCUCAAUCUGAGUGUGGGAGAUGACAGUCUUGGCAGCUGGUCUAAUUUGAGCUUUGAAGAAGACCAUCCAGAUGAAAGUAGUAGCUUCCACCACCUAAGUGACAGCAGUAAUGGGAACAGCAGUAGCUGGAGCAGUCUGGGGUUAGAGGGUGAAGUUUAUGAAGAGCAUUUGUCCUUCUCCCCAUCAGACAGUGACUACACAGAGGAGAAGGAGACAGAGACCAAGAACGACUUGGGUGGGACAGUGCGAGUGGAGAGGGGGCAUGCUCAAGGGGACAGGGCUCUGUUGGUGGUCAGUACAGAUGUUUGGGGGCAGGCCCCAGAUGCACAGCUGCGGGCAGUGCUGCAGUGGAUGGCAGCUUCCAUCGUUGAGCUGCCAGUCAUUCAGUUUAGGCAGCAAUCGGAACGAGAGCUGCAGCAGUUUCUGGCUGUAGUACAGAGGCUAAGAGAGAGAGAGUGGAGAGUCGGAGAGCUCCUGCAGGCCCUUCUCAGAUACUACGAGGAGUACCCGACCGAGGAAGAGCAUGGGGCUGUGGACGCCAGGCAUGUCCACAGGUCCCUCUUCCAGUGGCUUCUAGAACAUGCAUAGACCACAGUCACCUGCUGCUUACAUUAGCGAUCGACACACCUUUCGUCAGCGUUAACAGCACUGUUUUAAAGGUGAAGAUUCCUAUCACUUCACAGUGAUGUGCAUUGUACCUGCCAAAUGUAGAGGCCUAGCCAGUUGAAUGUGUCUGUGUGUAUUGUGGAUUGCUAGUGCACCCAUCACCACUCUGGGGGCACCACAGGACAGGCUGAUGUAAUCGCUGGGAGACCUGUGUGUGUGUUAUGUGUGUCACAUGCUGUGACUGAAGGUAUUUUUGUUUUUCACUUGUCACUUUUCUUUGUGUUGUUUUUUUUGUUUGUUUUGACAUUAGACUGCAUAUCACACUCUUAAUAUGCUAUCAAUUGCACCUUCCUCAGUGUUUCGCUUUCCUGCCCUAACCAAGUGUUACAGUGAGACAAAGGGCUUUGUGGUUGAGUUGCUACGUGUAAGUGAAUCCGUACAGCUGCAAGGAAGAGGUCACCUCCAUACCUUUCCUCUGUGGGGAUGUUUCCACAUGUCAAAGGGACCAGCCAAACAAACCACUUCUGCUCCUAUAUCUAUGUUCCUGGUCACUGUAGACAAAUCCGCAGACUGACAGCCAAAUUAACUCAGAAACACUAUAGUGGUUGGCAGUUAUAGGCCAAUUAUUCAAUUAUAGUAGUUACUCCCUUUGGCACAUUUUUGCCCACACACCUUCAGUACCAAUAUUUGUGGUUUCAAAAUACCUUUCCAAUGACAUGCCUCAUGGUAAAUAUUUUGACAGGUCAAAAAUAGUUGCUGUUGAAAGAAUCCAUCCAUAGAUCAUUUAUAACUAUUUUCAUCCCUUCCCUUUUUUUGGUUCUUUAUUUUAGGAUGGCACUUAGUAUAUGUUGAGGAUAAUGCAGCAUAUAUGUAAAUAUAUUUUUGUAUGACUGUAAAGGUAAAACAGUUGUUUACACCCAGAUGGUCCGCAUCCUCUGAAGGAUUCUCCAUAACAAUUACAAUGUAUUUGUUUGAGUGCACUCGGAAAAUGUUUGAUAUACUGUUGCCAAAAAAAUAAUUGAGAAAAUGUUAUUUUUAAAAAUAUGGCCAUGUCAAGUAAACAUUUAACGUUUUAAAUAGUGGAUAAAUGACAAGCUGCUAAACAGGUAAAAUGGCUAUGUUGAAUGAAGGGGACCUACAGAUGGUGGUCAGAGGGCAGAGUUUGAACUUUAACCAGUAAAGAAUUUAUUUUUAUUUUAUCGUUUUUGUCCAUUAGUUGUUACUGUGAUGCACAGAUGGUGAGACAUAAAAACUAUGUUGUGUACUACUAAGAUUUGAACUCGAUGGCAUCUUGGUUACGCUCUGUUUUACAGAAAUAAAAACUCAAAUGCCAGGGUUGUAAAAAGAUUUAUGUAUACAUAUACAUCCAGAUGUAAAUGAAAUUCUACAUAGCUCCAUUUUAAAACUACAACUGAACCACAGGUGACAGUGCCUGCACUACUCAGCUGAUAAUCACACUCCAGUAGUAAUCUGGCAACCAAAAUCUUUCAAAUACUACCCCACGCCUUCAUUGCCUGCACUUUAAUGUGCACUGCCCAUGAAGGACGCACUUUACUGUGGAAUGGCAAAGCAGAGCCUUCCCACGUUUCCAUCAGAACCUCAAAAUAGUAUAUUUGAAACUUAAUGCCCAGAUCUUGGUAAAAAAAUAAAAAACACCAAAGUUUGUGUUAAGUAGAGUUUUAAUAUGCCUGCCCUGUGCGGAAAUGUCAGGCUUCUAGGGACCAGUCAUUCAGUAAAAAUACAGUUUUGCUACACAAGUUAAAUGAGUUGAUGUGUGUAUUUUCUGCAACUUUGAUUCAGUUCAAAAUCGUACAGUAUGUUUAGGUUGACCAAAUCAAAGUAGACAGUAUGGAAAUGAUCUGGGCAGUAGAGAGCGCAUCGUUUCACAUAUGCACUGUAAUACGCAUGCUAUGCUAUCUGUUCAUGCUUACAUGUAUUACUAUUUCAGUGUGGAUCUUCUGUUCAUGGCAUCAUAUGUUCAGUGCUGAUUAUUUCUCAUGUGCAUGCCCUAAAGCCCAGUCAUACAGCACAGUGGCUGCUCAUGCUAGCUGUAUGUGAAACGCUACAGUGGAACACUGCAAGUAUAUUUCUGUUUUCAUGCUGCCAAAUCUACUUUCGACUGACACUAAUUGUGAAGGAAAUGAGGAGAGCACUAUUUUGUUUACAUGAAAUCUGUAAAAGAAUCUGCCAUAAACUUUGUACAGUCCCUUGAUGCUGACCGUAGUAGGUAUUAUCUAAAUCUGAACGUGGGAGAGAAAGAAAGGAGAGAGAGAGAGAGAGAGAGAGAGAGAGAAUCUUGGUCAACCGCCAUGAAAACAUAAGCGAACGAAUGAAUUGAAGGUGUACAGUAUUUGCAAUUCUGCACACUAACUUUCAGUGCUGCCCCUUUCACAGUGGGAUUGUACAUGCAUUUGUGCUCUUGCUGUAAGUGUAAACAGACAUAGAUGUGCUACCCUUGUGUACUGACUUUAUUUUAUGUACAUUCCUAUAUUUCAUGAAUGAUCUAAAUGCUCUUUGUGUUAUUUAAAGCUGAAUGUGUACCGCAGAGUUGACUUCAUAGUUGGAAGAUAAAUAUUUUGUUACUUGUGCAGUAUCAUUUCCAUCUCAUAGUGUAGUGGACAGAUAACACACACUUACUUCUCUGUUUUUCCUGCAUAUUUGUAUAAUCUUGAAAGAUAUUUAAUAAUUUAUGUCAGUAUAACUUAUAAUGGUGAUUACACUAUUUGUCCCCUAGUGAAGUUGCUGAAUAGUUUACACAUUUAAAGGCUGAAGAGCACUACAAAUGUUAUUGUUAAAGCUGUGGUUAAGAAUAAAGCUUUUUCAUGUGAGCUGUGAA